GCAACUAUACGAUUGGGAGGGGCCGAAAAAAAAAACACCUACAUAGGCAAAAGGCGGUGACCAAAAUAGUUUUUCCUUGUUUGAGACGACGAACAUAUAUAGUGAAUUACGGCCCAAAAGAGGCGCAGUCCCUCGUCCUUCUCAGGUAAGAGCAGAGCUUCUGAGCUCUGUGAUCGGCGUUCCCUCAAUCAACUAACGUAUGAUCCAAAGAAGGUAGAAGAAUAAUGGGGAGACCGAAAGGAGAUGGAGCUAGAAGCAAGUCUCGCCCCUCUAGCAGCAGUCUUGCUGCUUCGUUACUGCCCCAAGGUUCUACCCCUGUGGGAUUCGGAGGCUAUAUGGGCACUUCCCGUGUUGACUCUUCUUUGUCAACUGAAGAUUCUCCCCCUUUCUUGGAUAUUGACAGUGAAGUUGCACAACACUUGAAGAGGCUUGCCAGAAAGGACCCUACCACUAAACUGAAAGCAUUGGCAUCUCUAUCUCAGUUAUUCCAACAAAAGACUGCAAAGGAUAUAAUACCAACAAUCCCACAGUGGGCAUUUGAAUACAAGAAGUUGCUACUGGAUUACAGCAGAGAGGUUCGACGAGCAACUCAUGACACCAUGACAAACCUUGUUGCCAUUGUUGGAAGAGAUUUAGUUCCUUAUCUGAAGUCUUUGAUGGGACCAUGGUGGUUUUCCCAGUUUGAUUCUGUCUAUGAAGUUUCCCAGGCUGCAAAAAGAUCAUUUCAGGCUGCUUUUCCAGCACCAGAGAAGAGACUAGAUGUCUUGAUGUUAUACACAUCGGAGAUAUUCAAGUACAUUGAGGAAAAUCUGAAGCUUACUCCCCAGAGCAUGUCAGAUAAGAGUGUGGCAUCAGAUGAACUAGAAGAGAUGCACAUGCAGGUUAUUUCUUCAUCACUGUUGGCAUUGGCCACCCUUCUUGAUGUUGUGGUCAGCGCACAACCUGAACGGUCUGUUUCUGUAGCUGAGUCAAAGCGUGCUUCUAAAGCCAAGGCCAUUGCUGUGUCCUGUGCUGAGAACUUGCUAUCUGCUCAUAAGUUAUUUCUGGGAUUUCUGAAGUCUGAGAGCCCCGCUAUUCGCUCAGCCACUUAUUCGGUCAUGAGAAGUUUCAUAAAAAAUAUUCCUCAUACUAUUAAAGAAACAGACAUUACACAUCUCGCGGAUGCAAUACUUGGAGCUUUCCAUGAAAAGGAUCCCUCUUGCCAUUCAUCAAUGUGGGAUGUGAUCUUACUGUUUUCUGAAAAAUUUCCAGAGAGUUGGAGUAUCUUGAAAAUUAAAAAAUCUGCUUUAAGUAGGUUCUGGCAUUUUCUUCGAAAUGGUUGCUUUGGAUCCCAGCAAGUAUCAUAUCCUGCUCUGUUAUCAUUCUUGGAUGUUUUACCUGCACAAGCAGUUGAAACAGAGAAGUUUCUUCUUGAAUUCUUUCAGAAUUUGUGGGCAGGAAGAAGCUUGAGUUAUUCAUUACAUCUAGAUCGUCUUGCUCUCUUUAGAGCGAUGAGAGAAGGUUUUCUAUUUUGCUUGAAAAACACGGAUAGGUUUUCUGAUGCAGCAGAUUCCCACAGAUUUCAGCAGACACUUACAGAUCAGAUCCUCUUAAAGCUGCUGUGGCACGAAUACCUGUUCUCUGUCAGCUCAAAGAACCAGGAAAGGGUCUUCUCUUCUAUGGAUUCUUCUGAUGAUGGCGUUCAACCUUCUCGUCAGGGAUCAAGACAACCUAAUGUCAAAAUUCCAGAGGGUUAUGUGCAAGAUCUUGGCAAAUGCAUUGUUGAAAUCCUUUCGGACUUUUCUUUACUGGAAGCUGACUUGCUUUUGCAAUUCUGUUCAGCAUUUCAACAGACCUGCUCGGGUGUAUUUCAACAAACAGACAGUUCUGUUGAGAAUGCAGAAGGGGUGACCAAGUUCUUGUCAGUACUGAAUCAACACGCAGUAAGGAAAGGUGAAACUUGGCCUCUAGUUUAUUUGGUGGGACCAACGUUGUCAAAGUCAUUCCCUUUGAUUAAAACACUCGAUUCCCCUAAUGCAGUGAGAUUUCUGGUGGCUGCUGUCUCUAUGUUUGGUCCGCGGAAGAUAAUUCAAGAGACCUUUUGCAUUGAACCUGAAGCAAAACAAUUCUUGCACGUCUUCAAGGAAAUCUUUAUUCCUUGGUGCUUGCAGGCCAACAGUCCCACUACUAGCAUGCGACUAGAUCUCUUGCUUUCGUUACUUGAUGAUGAAUGCUUUGCAGAACAGUGGGCUAGCAUUGUUACACAUGUAACGAAUUUGGAAGAACUGAAAUCCGGAAAUGGGAUUGUGGACUCUGAUUGCCUCUCUCUGUUGGCUAUGCUCGUUGAGAAAGCAAGAGAACAAACUAGCAUUAGAGGCACUUUCCAAGUUCCCCAUGCAGCCCGUUGGCAUCAUCAGCUUUUGGAUUCUACUGCCAUUUCUGUUGCUCGAGCUUUUCCACCUUUUGGAACUUCUAGUGUUUCAUAUAUGCGUGCUGUUCUGGGUGGCAUAGCAGGAGAUGAUGAAACAAAUUUUCUGUCCCAAAGUACAUUAGUACUAGUAUUCGAGGAGGUUCUUAAGAAGUUGACAGUUUUCAUGAUGGAUUCUCCCUUCAUAUGGGUCAAGGAAACGUGUUCUCUGAUACUUAUCAGAGACAAAAACACUGAGCUGGGAUUUGAACCUUCUACUGAUGUGAAUCAGAUGGUUAACUUUGCUUUUCAAGUGCUUGAUGGUGGUUUUUGUGCAUUGAAAUGUUUGAAUCAUGAAAUUGAGCUCGUUUCACGAAUCUUAGCUGCAAUUUUUGUGAUUAAGUGGGAGUGCCGCAUGGCUACUGUCUUCAAUGAUAAGUUUGGUGAAGAAACAGCGGAAACAAUUAAGACAAGGUUGGCCUCUUGUGAACUAGUGCAUUCUCUCGAUCGCAAAAUUGAUAAUCAGUUCCUAUUUAGUAUCAACAUAGAUAGUCGAAAGAGCCUGGAGAGUAUCUUGGUCCAGACUGUGAGGAUUGCUGUGCUCAAGGAUAGAAAUUUGGAUGCUGCCAAAGUCGCAUCGUUAUGCUGUCACUGGGUCCUUGAACUUCUUGAGUGUCUCUGCCCUGAUCAGUUUGGGGAACAAAAGCUGUUAGACAGAUUCCUAAGCCAGGACGAUUCUUGGCCUACUUGGGUUGCACCAGAUAUGAAAGAUGGGAAAAGAGCAGCCGUGGUGAAAACUGAGAGUGUUUCAACUGAUACCCCAAGAGACACCAGGUUUGUUGCUCUGAUAGACAGACUUAUUCCAAAGAUGGGGUUUGACAAAAUUAUUGCUGGUGUUGUUUCUGAUGUGUCUCCAUCUUCAACUGAGGAUCCUAGUAAUCAACCUACCACAACUCUUCAGUGUCAUUAUUCGCGUGCCUGGCUAGCAGCUGAAAUCUUAUGCACUUGGAAAUGGAAUGGUGGAAGUGCCUUGUGCUCGUUCUUGCCUCAUCUCUGUGAUUAUUUGAAUAGUGAAUGCUAUACGCCUGAGGAUGAGUUGUUAGAUUCCAUUGUCACCAUUUUACUUGAUGGUGCACUUAUUCAUGGGGGAAUUACUGAACUGAGCCUUUCAAACUUACCUCCUGUUACAAAUAUGGAUAGUAUUGGAGAACCCUUCCUGAGAGCUGUUGUAUCAUUACUGUCUAGACUUUUUAUGGAUGAUGUAUGGGGAAAGGACAAGGCAAUAUUUCUUUUUUAUCUGCUUCAGAAUAAACUCCAUAUUGGGGAAACAAUAAAUAUAAAUUGUUUGAGGAUAUUUCCUUCAGUUAUGAGUGUAAUCAUUCGACCGCUGAGUUUUCCAUUUGACAAAGACAAUGCAAACAUGCAGUCUGCUUCUUCUGAAUGUUGUGAAGUACAAGAGGCUAUUAUGGACUGGCUCCAGCGAACUGAGUCUUUUCCGCCCUUAAAUGCAUGGCAAACAGGAGAAGAUAUGGCAGAUUGGUUCCACCUUGUCAUAUCCUGCUAUCCUAUACGACCAAUUGAAGGAGGGAAAGAGUUGAGACCAGAAAGAUAUGUCAGUUCUACUGAGAGAAUGCUACUGUUGGAAUUAUUUCGGAAGCAGAGAAAGAAUUCUGCAUUAUCUGUGAUAAACAAGCUGCCGGUUGUGCAAAUUUUGUUAUCAAAAUUGAUUCUGGUUGCAGUUGCUUAUUGCUGGGAAGAAUUUAGUGAGGAUGAUUGGGAGUUUGUUUUAUACCGUUUUAGGUGGUGGAUUGAAGCAGCAGUCAUUAUGAUGGAGGAUGUUGCUGAGAAUGUGAAUGAUGUUAUGACAGAUGGUUCUGGUUGUGAACAGUUAGAAGUUACGCUGAAGAGGGUCAACGAUACCGUUUCAGUGAAGGACUCUACUCCUAUAAAACUCGCAAGCAAUGCUCUAAUUGGGUUUUCUCUGUUUUGCAACAUAAGUGGUCUUGAAGCAAAAGAGCCUGCUGAUGUUUCUGAUACCUUGAAGAGUGACAGAUGGGAGAUGGCCAAAGACCGAAUUAUAGAAGGUGUUCUUCGGUUGUUCUUUUCUACUGCUGCUACGCAGGCUAUGGCAAGUUCUUAUUGUAGUGAAGCUUCCUCAAUUGUAGCAUCAUCUAUCCUUGCUCAUUCUAAGUUCUGGGACUUGGUGGCAUCACUUAUUGUUGAGUCCUCUUCAAUCGCAAGAGAGAAGGCAGUAAAAUCAGUUGAAAUUUGGGGCCUAAGUAAAGGGCCUGUUAGCUCCUUGUAUGCAAUGCUAUUUUCUGCCGUGACACUUCCUUCCCUAAGAUGUGCUGCUUAUGUUAUUCUUUCAACUGAACCUGUGUCUCACUUAGCUUUGCACACUGUCGAUAAGACAAGUUCCUCUGAUGGAGAUGCUUGCAACAACCAGGACACUGACGGUUCUACUGAAGAAAGUCUUCAUCUUAGGGAAGAAGUUUCUUCCCUGCUGGAAAAACUACCAUUUGAAGCUCUUGAAAUGGACUUACUUGCAUUUGAAAGGAUAAAGGUCUUUCUAGCUUGGUCUUUGUUACUUUCACAUCUAGUGUCGCUACCAUCUUCAUCACCCCUGAGGGAGAGAAUGGUUCAGUACAUUCAAGAGUUUGCUACUUCAACAGUAUUAGACUGUCUUUUCCAGCACAUUCCUUUGGAAUUUUGUGUACCAUCAAGCUUGAAAAAGAAGGAUUCGGAACUUCCAGCUUCAUUGUCAGAAGCAGCGAAAUCUGCAACUCAUGCCAUCACUUCUAGUUCUGUGUUAUUUUGCUUGGAAUCGCUUUGGCCUGUCAGACCAGAAAAAAUUGCUUCACUUGCUGGUGCAAUUUUUGGCCUCAUGCUUUGUAUUCUUCCAGCUUAUGUUCGAGGGUGGUUUAGUGAGAUACGUGACCGUUCGACUUCAUCUGCCAUUGAAUUUUUCACUAGAGCAUAUUGUAGCCCCCCUCUGAUUAUGAACGAACUCUCCCAGAUAAAAAAAGCCAACUUUUCUGAUGAGAAUUUCUCGGUCAUCGUAAGCAAAUCUGCUAAUGAAGUGGUGGCCACUUACACGAAAGACGAAACAGGAAUGGACCUAGUAAUUCGUCUUCCGGCAUCUUACCCACUGAGGUCUGUGGAUGUAGAUUGUACCAAGAGCCUUGGCAUUAGUGAGGUUAAACAGAGAAAGUGGUUAAUGUCAAUGAUGUCAUUUCUUCGUAAUCAGAAUGGUGCUUUAGCUGAAGCAAUUCACACAUGGAAGAGCAAUUUUGAUAAGGAGUUUGAAGGUGUUGAGGAGUGCCCGAUAUGUUACAGUGUCCUCCACACUUCAAACCAUAGCCUCCCACGGCUAGCUUGCAAAACCUGCAAACACAAGUUCCAUUCAGCCUGCCUCUACAAGUGGUUCUCCACUUCUCACAAGUCAACUUGUCCAUUGUGUCAAUCUCCUUUUUGAUCAUAUCGUCCAAAGUAGUGAUGCCUUCGCAGAGCAGUAAAUGGAAUUUUUCCUUUGGAUAGCUCUUAAUUUCGUUGUCUGUCACUUAUGCCAAUGGUGGUGACUGUGACACAAGAUUUGUGGGUUGACAUACCCUUCCUACAGCGAAUUUGGAGCUUCUACGGUUGCUUUUAUCAUGUCAUAAUUUGAGAAUUGAGAUGGUUAGCUCUUCGAGUUAGCAGCUUCAAGAUACAAAUGAGCUAAGAUGGUAAAGAUGCCUUAAAUCUUUCUUGAUCAUCUGGUACCGUUCUUCAAAAUCCUAACCAGCCCAAGUUAAAUGUGUUUAUUUGCAUUUGUAAAGCGGGUGCCAAGGUUUUUUGGAGGACAGGCAAGCAGACAUUUUUCUCCAAUGGUGUCUGCUUAUUGCCAAAGUAAUGGCAGCUGUUGCAUGGUGUUUACAUAUAAUUAGGUGGGAAAACAAGGAUGUAAAGAUUUGCCGUUGAUCUUAGAUAAAUUCCCUGUUUAAAGUUAUUCAUACGAGAGAGAGAUUAUAUAGAGAGAGAUGUGUAUUUUAUUUUAACUAUUUGUUAGGAUUUGUCCUUGCGCCAUUUUUUAUGUUUUCCCCUUUUUGUAAGGUUCAACUUUUGAGGUAGUUGAUAGAGUUUGAGCUAUGCUAUCCAAGUCCAAAAGAAUAUAUGCCCUGCCUUCGAAUAGAUCGAGGAGAGGGAUUACUCUGAUCUUAAAAUCUAGAAUAUUGUGUUGGGUAGUUUGAAAUUCUCUGUGCGAACAAUCCAUUGAUGUUUGAAGUUUAACAAGUCAAAAUUUUCACACUAUGGUGGAGUUUGAUUAAGCACUGUACUUUUUCUUCA